AUGGCCACUCCAGCGCAGUGCUAUUAUUGCUUUGAGGUGCUCUUCGCUUCAUUUGAAGGCCGCGAGCCUACCACUCUGGCAGCCGUAGAAGCCCUCUGGGAGCAACACGAGCAAACUAAGAAACUAUCGGAUCUUGAAGACCAGCUCGAGACAGACACAGAGCAACUGUCCGUAACCGAGGACGAAGAUGCCUCCCAGUUGAGUAGUCCGCCUCAGAGGCUGCAGAUCCCCCGCGUCAGCCGUCUCCAAGGUGAAUUGUCCGCCUCGUCCAGCACAGCCACGACACCGUCGUCUGCGUCCAAUACGUCAGCCAAUUCAUUCCAGUCGAGCUCUACAAGUAUCACCACCCCAGGCUCAGCCUCGGCAACCCAGUCUCAGCUGCGAUCGCCUGAUCAGCGAUAUCCCCUGUUCGUAACAUGGAACACUCUGUCACGCAGUGGAAACAAGUCCCUUCGUGGAUGCAUAGGCACCUUUGAAGGACAGGACCUUGCAGCGGGGUUGAAGUCCUACGCUUUGACCUCGGCCUUUGAUGAUACUCGCUUCUCUCCCAUUCCCAAAUCCCUUCUCCCCUCACUUUCAUGUUCUCUCACUCUUCUGAGCUCCUUUGAGCCGUGCACAAAUGCCAUGGACUGGACAUUAGGAACUCACGGCCUACGCAUAUCAUUUGUUCACCGUGGUCGUCGGUACGGCGCCACCUAUCUCCCGGAUGUCGCUGUAGAACAGGGCUGGACCAAAGAAGAGACCGUUGAGAGUCUGAUGCGCAAGGCAGGUUGGGAUGGCGGCGGUGGUAGCGCGGCACGAAGACUCCUUCGGGGUGCAGCGAGUGGUAACUCUAGCGCAACCAAGCCUUGGGAUCAAGUCUCCGAUUUCAGAACCGUCAGGUAUCAGGGUCUCAAGGCGAGCGCUAACUAUGCGGAGUGGCAAGACUGGCGGGACUGGGUUCUCUCUCUAGACGAUGGGGCAGAGAUAUUGCGCGGAUCAGAGUGA